CUUAGGGUUUGGUACUUGUGUCCUGCCUCCACAUCAGCUUCAGAGACCGCGCCGGCGCCGGGAUGUAUUCCUCACCUCCCAAGGGUUUAAAGCGGCGCAGUCGAUUUCUCGCUCGUUCGAUCCGAGCGGGGUAUCGUCGUGGUUAUGGGGAAGCUGCUGGACCUGAAGCGGCUCAUGUCCGUGCCGAAGGAGCGGAAUCGUCGUCGGCGGCAGCGGCAAAUCCGAGCCCGCAAUGGUUCAAUUGAUUCAGUGGCUAAAAGAAAGGGAUCACUCUGCCAACAAGUUGCAAAUUCUGAUGGCGAGAGAAGAACAAGAUAUUCAGGGCCUAACCUUCCAGAGGACAUCUGGUGCCAUAUACACUCCCUGAUGCCAUUCAAAGAUGCUGCCCGUGCUGCAUGUGUGUCUCAUGCUUUUCGUCGUUCCUGGCAACACCGCCCCAAUCUUAUAUUUUGUAUUGGAACACUGGGGUUGGAUUUCAUCAACAAAAUUGAUCGUAUUAUAAAAAACCACUCAGGCAUUGGCAUCAAAUCGCUACAGUUAGAAUAUGAUACUUUUUGCAAUGCUAGAAGGAGCGCUAGCAUCAGCUAUCAUCUCAAUAAUUGGCUUCAGAUUGCUGUUACACCAUGGAUUGAAGAACUAAUCCUUACACUGUCGCUAUCUUCAUACAAUGUGGAUUACAAUUUCCCGUGCUCACUUUUAUCUGAUGGGAGAGGAAGUUCAUUGCGACAUCUUUAUCUUGGCAGUUGUUUCUUUCAUCCUACAGUUAAUCUUGAAUUGAGAAACCUGACGAGGUUGCAUCUGGUUACUGUACAUAUUACAGGAGAUGAGUUUGGGUGCCUUCUUUCGAAUUCUUAUGCUUUGGAGCGAUUGGAACUUAAAUAUUGUUAUGGAAUAAUUUGUCUGAAGAUACCUUGCCUGUUGCAACGCCUUAGCCACCUGGAAGUGUUUGAAUGCAGAAUGCUGCAAGCCAUAGAGAAUAAGGCUCCAAAUCUUUGCAGUUUUGACCUUGGAGCUAGGCAGGUACGGCUCUUGCUUGGUGAAUCAUUGCAAAUGAAAACACUAUCCUUGGACUAUCCUAGUGCCGUCUAUUAUGCUCGUGCAGAGCUUCCAUCCAAUGUGCCAAAUCUUGAAAUUCUCACCAUUUGCUCGGAUCACGAGAUGGUUGAUACACCAAUGUUGCCUAGCAAAUUUUUCUAUCUCAAGUGCUUGACUAUUGAUCUUGCUUGGAGACUUUCCCCAGCCUAUGAUUAUUUCUCUCUGAUUUCUUUUCUUGACGCUUCUCCUUCCUUGGAGACUUUUUGUCUAGAGAUAUCACAGGACCGAAUGGAGAAUGAAUUGAUUAUUGGAGAUAUGUCACAUAUGAGGCAAAUGCUAGAACACCGUCAUGACAACCUCCAGAGCGUGGAGAUUAUUGGCUUUUGCUAUACAAAGAGCUUGAUCGAGCUAACAUGUCAUAUUCUUGACAAUACAACGUCGCUUAAGCACCUUAAACUGGAUACUACUCGUGAUGUUUUUAGCUGUUCUACAGGCAAACACGACAAAUGCUUCCAUAUGGGUAAGGAUAUGCUCACCGAAGCCAAGAAAGCAGUUUUGGCAAUUGAAACUUACAUCGAGCCAAAAGUUCCCUCCACUGUCAUGCUAAAUGUUGUGAAACCUUGCAACCGUUGCCAUGUUGCUGAAUCUUAGUUCUAUUUUUUUCCUAACAUAAUUCCUAUGUAGAUGAUUAUGGAGUUUUUUAACUGAUCAUGUUUUCUGUCUUCACACAACUGAAUUACGAGUCACAUCCAAUUGAAUUAUGAGUCACAUCUGUUCGAUCUCUUUUUUCCCAAUUCA